AAUUCAUUUCAACAUGUGUAUAAAACAGUAAAAACUUUAAGUCGUUUUCUUAUAGGUGUAUAUGUAUUUCAUUUUAUUACAUUAUUUUGGACUGACAGGAAACAUGCUUUCAUGCGGAAUGUACAACAGCAAUUACCUUUUCGCGUUUGAAAUUGUGUGAAUAACUCAGUUUCAAACCUAAGCAUGGAUAAAGAAUCUCUUUAUGAUACUACAGUUAAACAACUAAUUAGCCAGAAUUUAAAUACGGAGGAAAAAACCAAUUUGUACAACGACUGGAGCUCUACAUAUGAAUUGAAUUUAAAACAAUUUGGAUACGCUGCAAACAGUAAAUGUAGUGAAGUAAUAUGUAAAUAUUACCCUGAAAACAGAGGAAACAUUGUUCUGCUUGAUGUUGGAGCUGGAACUGGUUUUCUAGCGGAAGAGUUGGCAUCAAAAGGAUUUAAAACCAUCGAUGGAUUGGAUCCAUCUCCAGGAAUGUUGAAAGAGGCAGAAAAGAAGAAGUUAUAUCGAAAUGUAUUCUGCAGUUACUUUACAUCCAAGCCUUUGCCAUUUUUCAAACAAGACAGCUUCGAUUUGCUGGCGGUUGUUGGUUCAUUUAAUACAGGCCAUAUCCCGUAUGACGCCAUAAUUGAAAUGAUAAGAAUAACAAAACCAGGUGGUAUAAUCUGUAUAUCGAAUAGACGUUCCCCUUUUUAUGAAUCACCAGAUUACGUGGAUAAGUUUUUCCCGUUAUGUGAUCAACUAGAGAAAGAUGGAAAAUGGAGAAAGGAAGAGAUAACCACGUAUGAUGGAUUUAUGGAGAACGCAGACGGAAUUAUCAUAGUAUAUCGUGUUAAAUGAGAACACAUUACGCCAAUUUAAACAUGCAAGUUGAAUGUUUCAUCCUGUGAAAGGAUAAUGUCGGUUGAUUCAAUCUCAAGCUGAAGUCAGAAGUGACUACCGUUAAGAGUAAAAGUUUCGGAAAACAUUGGCAAUUCACCUAUUACCGGUAAUUGUCAUCUUUUAUUUUCCAAUCAUAUACUGUGUUUGUAAUGGACUAAUUUUGCUUGUAAUAACAAUCCAUUAAAUCAAAUAUAUAUUUUCAAAAUU